AUGCUGGUAGUACCAUUCCUUGCACUGCUUUGUUCGCUAGCGUUACAGACAGUAUACAGCGAUGUGGCUAUUGUGGCCCCAUUGCCCAAUUCUGUGUUCGAUUUAUCAGGCUCAGGCCAGUCCACUAUCAAAGUGAAGUGGAUGCACACAGAUAGCACUCCGCAAGAAAAGGAUUUUAUCAAGUAUACCUUCACGCUGUGCACGGGCACCAAUGCCAUGAUCGAGGCAAUGGCUGGUUUGCAAACGCUCACAGCGGCUGAACUGACGGACAACGAGUUCGAGGCAGUCAUAAAAAACACUGUUGGGACAGACGGUGUUUAUUUUAUUCAAGUCUUUGCCCAAACGGCCAUUGGCUACACCAUCCAUUACACCAAUAGGUUUAAAUUGAAGGGUAUGGUAGGAGCAAAAGCCGCUAGUCCUAGUAUGAUAACCAUCGCACCAGAAGCACAGACAAGAAUCACCACAGGGGAUCUGGGGGCCACCAUCGACUCCAGGAGUUUCACCGUCCCUUACAAUUUACAAACAGGCGUCGUGAAAUACGCCCCCAUGCAACUCCAACCGGCUACGAAAGUAACGGCGAAGACAUGGAAAAGAAAGUACGCCACUAGUGAGGUGACAUAUUACUACACUCUAAGGAAUUCUGUUGAUCAGCACACCACCGUAACACCAGGGUGGUCAUACGUGAUUACAGCCGACUGUAACUAUGCCACGCCGGCUCCUAUGCCGGCCGAUAAUGGUGGUUGGUACCAUCCGCGCAAGCGACUAUCUCUAACCGCAAAGAAAGUUAAUGCUUUGAGGAAAAGGCAAUAA